AUGCGCAUUUCUCACAGAGACGCUGCUGAGUCUCGUCUGCCAGAAGGGGGACCAAUCCGCCUUCACAAGAAGUCCACAGAAGUCCAGGCUGACAAUGAUUUCCUCCGUGAUUACGCACAGGGCGCGUCCCUGCGGGGAUGGGGCCCCCUCUGGAGCCGUCCUCAUGGCUUUGGGGGCCUCGCUUCCAUUUUCCAUUAUUAUGUGGACUACCGGAGCGACAGCGCAGAGCGAGACCUCGCAGUGACAGUAGAAGACAAUGUGUCAGAAGAGCACCAGAGCCACAGGCAGUCUGCUGUAAUAACCGAUCCAGAUGCUGAGAUUGAGCCAAAGAAUGAAGGAAAUGACCGUCUGAGGAGCCAGAUCUGUCCUGAGGGAGAGGAAGAGGAGGAGGAAGAGCAGGUGUUUGAGCUCCUGAACACACUCACGCCACACAAGAGUCAACUCACAGAUGGAACUGAUAUAGAAGAUGACCCAUCCUGCUCUUGGCCUACAUCGUCGCCAUCUAGUAAAGACCACACUUCUCCAGGCCAUGUCGAUGACUAUGAAUAUGGUGAGGAUAAAGGAGGUGCAGGCCUACCCUACCCAUGCCAGUUUUGUGCAAAAUCCUUCAGUCGCCUGAGCUUCCUUAAGUGCCACGAGCAGAGUCACAGAGAUAAACUUCCCUUCAGCUGCACAUACUGCAGUCACUUGUUCAAGCACAAGCGCAGCCGUGACCGACACAUCAAGCUUCACACUGGUGACAAAAAGUACCACUGUGGAGACUGUGACUCUGCUUUCUCACGCAGUGACCACCUAAAGAUCCAUAUGAAAGCGCACGCUGCCAACAAGCCCCAUAAAUGCCCAGUGUGCCACCGAGGGUUCUUGUCCACCAACUCGCUUCAUGGACACAUGCAGGUGCAUGAACGUGGGAAGGAUGGAGCGAAUACAAGGUCCCCUCAAGAGUGGAGGUUAAAAGAGACGCGCAAAUGCAGCCGCUGUGAAGAGGGUUUCAACAUGCCUGAGGAACUGCAGAAGCACAUUGCAGAAAGCCACCCAGAGUGCUCUUCUCCUGUAGGAGGGAGUCUUGAACCUGGUCUACAGUGCAUCUACUGCCACGAGCCAUUUGGUGAUGAAGGAACGCUUCUGAGCCACAUUGAUCAGGUGCAUGGGAGAGAUAGAAAGAUUAACACAUGCACUGUGUGCUCUGAGCAAUUCCCCACUGUAGAGGAGCUGUACACUCACAUGGAAAUCCACCAACUUCCAGAGUCCAGCAAUAGCCCCUCUGUGUUGCCCGUAGGUUAUACUUCUGUUUCAAGCACUACACCAGACUCUAAUCUUUCUGUUGACAGUUCGACCAUGGUGGAAGCCGCUUCUACAGUGCCCAAGACACACGGGAGAAGAAAGAGGGCCACUCAUAAUAACAUGUAUAGGCGAUCUGCCAAACAGCCAAAAAUCGAAUACAGCUGCAUUUACUGUAACAAACAAGUUUUCUCAAGCCUUGCUGUGCUGCAGAUUCAUCUUAAGACCAAACAUGUUGACAAGCCAGAGCAGGCUCAUACUUGCCAAUUUUGCCUGGAAAUCCUUCCAUCGCUUUGUAAUUUGAACGAGCACCUGAAACAGAUCCACAAUGCCAAGAAUCCCGCAGAUGUACUGGCUAACCUGUCAGAUGACCUGUUGCAGUGCAAUUUCUGCCCAGAGGUGCUUGGAGAUCUUAAUGCUCUGCAAGAGCACAUACGAUGCUCCCAUGGCUUUCCUAAUCCAGUCACCAAAGAAAGCAAUGCAUUCUUUUGCCCCAAGUGCUUUAUGGGAUUUUUGACUGAGGCCACUCUAGAAGAACAUGUCAGACAGACUCAUUGUGACUCUGGAAGCGUGCAGUUUGAUUCUCCUCUAGCGGUCACUCCAAAAGAUCCCAUUGUGGAGAUCUACUCCUGCUCUUACUGUACCAACUCCCCCAUUUUUAACAGUGUCAUGAAGCUUAACAAGCACAUAAAGGAGAACCACAAGAACAUCCCUCUUGCUCUGAAUUAUAUCAACAAUGGGAGAAGAUCUCUGCGAGUCCUCAGCCCAUCAUCUCCAGUCUCUGUAGAACAGGCUUCACUAUUCAAACAGAACAGCACUUCCUUAUGUUCAAGUGAGUUCAUUUGUAACCAGUGUGGUGCUAAGUACACCAGCUUAGACCUUUUCCAGACACACCUGAAGACCCACCUUGAUGGCAUCGUGCCACAGCUAACCUGUCCACAGUGCAACAAUGACUUUCCUAACCAGGAGUCUCUUCUGAAACAUGUGACUGUUCAUUUCACCAUCAUGUCCACAUACUAUAUCUGUGAAAGCUGUGACAAGCAAUUCACAUCUGUGGAUGACUUGCAGAAGCACCUUCUGGAUAUGCACACCUUUGUGUUUUUUCGCUGUACUCUUUGCCAGGAAGUGUUUGACUCUAAAGUGUCAACUCAACUCCAUCUUGCAGUGAAGCACAGUAAUGAGAAAAAGGUAUACCGAUGUACUUCUUGCAACUGGGAUUUCAGGCAUGAGGCUGACCUUCAAAUGCAUGUCAAACAUAGUCACCUUGAAAAUCAGGGUUGUUCACACCGUUGCAUCUUUUGUGGUGAGUCCUUUGGUACAGAAGUAGAGCUGCAGUGUCAUAUUACCACCCAUAGCAAGAAGUACAAUUGUCACUUUUGCAGUAAAGCCUUCCAUGCUGUUUAUCUGCUUGAACGUCACCUUUGUGAAAAGCACUGUGUGUCUGAGGGAAAGACCCAGAAUUGCAACACCAAUGGAUCCAUGUCUGGUAGCGGUGAUUCAGUUGCCAAAGAUGAUGGAGACUUACAGGCCUUUCUGACCAACAGCCACGGAGGCACUGGAGCGGGGGAGUCUCAUAACAGUCGGGAUGGCAGCGAAGAAGACUUUGAUACCUCAGAGGUCAUGUAUAGCUGUGACAUCUGUGGUGCAUCCUAUACCAUGGAGUCCCUCCUAACCAAUCACCAAUUUCGUGACCAUAACAUUCGACCAGGAGAGAGUGCUAUCCACAAAAGAAAGGCAGAAAUGAUGAAGGGAAACCACAAAUGCAACGUCUGCUCUAGAACAUUCUUCUCGGAGGGAGGACUUCGGGAGCACAUGCAAACGCACUUAGGACCUGUUAAACACUACAUGUGUCCCAUUUGUGGAGAGCGCUUCCCUUCCCUACUUACUCUGACAGAACACAAGGUCACUCACAGCAAAAGCCUGGACACUGGAAGCUGUCGGAUCUGCAAAUUACCUCUGCAGAGUGAGGCAGACUUCCUGGAGCAUUGUCAGAUGCAUCCAGAUUUGCGCAAUUCUUUGACUGGCUUCCGCUGUGUGGUCUGCAUGCAGACUGUCACCUCAACUCUAGAACUCAAGAUCCACGGUACCUUUCACAUGCAAAAGACUGGAGCGGCAUCUACAAAUCAACCAACUGCAUACUCAGCUGCCACAGAAUUUCAACACAGUCAAAGUCAGAAAGUCGUCAAGUGUGCUGCAUGUCUCAAAGAGUUCCACUCUAAGCAGGACUUGGUAAAACUUGACAUUAAUGGUUUGACAUAUGGUCUUUGCACGCUGUGUGUCAAUACUGCUGGUAGCAAGAGCUUUACUCUAAAUGGAGGGAAACUGUUGCACCAAGGAGCUCAAGCCCCAAUGGGUCCUGUUGCUGGAUGGACCCAAGGGGAGAGCCUUAGCCCUGGUCCUGUGAAGGGAAAGGCUGUCUAUUCUUCCUCAUCAUCUUCAUCAGUAUCACCCUCUAUUUUCAAGACCCGCUGUUCCAGUUGCAAUGUUAAAUUCGAGUCAGAGGCAGAGCUUCAAGCACACCUGCAGACAGUGCACAGAGACCAAACACCAGAAGCUGCUCUUUUACGGACCCCCGAUGGCUCCCCCAUGUCACGAGUUAGCCCAAGCCAAAGUGACGAGAAGAAGACUUACCAGUGCAUCAAGUGUCAGAUGGUCUUCUACAGUAAAUGGGACAUUCAGAUCCAUGUGGCCAAUCAUAUGCUAGAGGAAGGUCUCAUUCAUGAAUGUAAACUAUGCAGUCAAACCUUCGACUCUCCAGCGAAGCUGCAGUGUCACCUCAUCGAGCACAGCUUUGAGGGCAUGGGCGGCAUCUUCAAGUGUCCCGUCUGCUUCAUAGUGGCUCUAAAUAAAGCACAUCAUUAUUCCUCACUGUUCACUAUGACUCAAAACACCGACCGCUGACCAUUAUCCAUUCAGACACAGAGCAGAGCCUGCCAAACCCUGGAGACUUCCAGCUCAACAUUUGCCGAGUGUU